AUGCCCUUCAACAGCGAGCUCACUGACAGCUUCCCGCCUCCUUCGCAAUCUUCAUCCUCUACUACUUCGACAUCUUCCGCAUCUUCGACAACGACGUCUUCCUUGGCACCGCUCCCGAGCAGCACCAUCUCUUCGCUGGAUGAGAAGAUCUUGCACUUCACGACUACCCUCGCCGCCGCUGCGGCGGCCAGCGGCGACGGCAAGAAGGAGGCCAACAUCGACGAGCUGCAGCGCAAGCUCCACUUCUACCAAGUCAUGCUCUGCCAAAACAUGUCAACGCUGAAGCGAAGUUACCGGCUCGGCGGGCAGACGUCGCUCACGAAGCGAUGCGUCUACCAGGACUACAGCAACAUGUGCACGGAGAGCGGGACGCCGUGCCUCUUCUCGCCGUCGGUGUUCGGCAAGGUCAUCAAGCGCACCUUCCCCGAUCUCCAGUACCGGCGACGGCGCAUCAACCGUCGCAUCAACGCGCACUACGAGGGCCUCGAACGGGUGGAGGAGUGCUUCGACGCCGACGGCCACCCGCGCGCCAUGCCGAUCAAGCAGGAGGAGGAGCUCCAGGAGGCCGAGCGCCUGCGGCUCGAGUUCCAGGACAAGAAGAUCGGCGGCCGGCAGAACAAGCAGCAGCAACAGGUCAAGCGCGCCUCGCCCGGUGACGGCAACAGUCCACAAGAGACCUCGGCCGGUGCAGCCAAGCGUCGGCGAAAGAGCUCGACCGCCACCGCGUCGUCGUCGGGCAUGCUCAAGGUCAAGAAGGAGAAAACCGGCAGCUCGCGCAGGCGACGCACGGGCGCCGACGACGACGACUACCUGCCCGAGGACGAGAGGCGGUCGGACUCGGACGAUGCGAGCAGCAGCGGCGUCAGCGGCGAGAGCCAGCAUCCCUAUGACCAGGUCGCCGGCCCACAACCGCCCAUUGACCACUUCUGGCGCGACUGGACCUUCCCUGGCGAUGCCUACGGCGGCCCCGGCGGCGGCGACCUCGCGCGACACGAGAUGAUGCGCGGUCACGGUGGUGGAAUGCCCGGAAUGGGCGGUCACCCUCCGCACGGCGGCAUCAUGCACGCCGACGACUACGACAGCAUGGAGCCCUCGUUCCAGUUCAUGUCCUACCUUGAAGCCGGUUCGUCGCUGGCGUCCUACUCGUCGUCGACCACCUCCGCAGCGUGGAGGCCGCCACCCAUGCCCAGCCACUCGCUCCUCCAGCAGACCCAGCAGCAUUACCAUCAACAGCAGCACCAGCACCAGGGCCAGCACCACAUGCUGCCCCCGAUGCCCAGCUUCCCUCCGCCGCCGCUCCACAGCGACUACCAGUCGCGCCAGCUGCCCUGGCCGUCGUCGGCCUUCGGCCCGGCGGGCGGCCUCUCGGGCGGCAGCAAGUCCAGCCCACCGCCGUCGACCUCGUCGACGCCAUCUUCGUCGCACGCGCUGAUGCCGUCGUUCCCGCUGCCGUCGACAGCGCCAUCGAACUCGUCGUCGACGUUCCCCUCCUCCUUACCGCACGGGCCGGGCAUGCUCGCCGCGUCCAACCACCAGUGCCCGUGCCCGUCGUGUCUGUCGGGCAGGCCGCAGUACUACCCCAGUUCCUACCACUAA